GUUCAUCAGCAAGGAUGCCAACUCCCAACGCCUCCAGUUCUUCAAGCAAAGGCUUCCGGCGGGCAGUGUCUGAGCUGGACUCUAAACAAGCGGAGGCCAUCAUGUCUCCACAAUUCAUUGGUAGACGACAGAGUCUUAUUGAAGAUGCCAGAAAGGAGAGAGAAGCUGCUGCAGCUGCUGCAGCUGCUGCAUCAGAAGCUGCUGAAUUGACUGAGACUAUUGUCUUUGAUGAAAAGGAUGGGAUAGCCUUGUUGAAUCUUCUGUUCACACUCAAAGGAGGGAAGACUUCACUCCCAUCUCGUGCACUCAAAGUCUUUGAGACCUUUGAAGCCAAAAUUCAUCAUUUGGAAACAAGGCCCUGUAAGAAAGUGCAAGAGGGUUCUUCUGACCUGGAAUACUUCGUGAGAUGUGAACUCCAUUGCUCUGCGCUGAGCACUCUCAUCAGUUCCCUUAAAAGGGUGUCAGAAGAUGUAAAGAGCACAAAAGAAGCUAAGUUUCAUUGGUUUCCAAGAAAAAUUUCGGAGUUAGAUCUAUGUCACCAUUUAGUCACCAAAUUUGACCCUGAUUUGGAUCUGGAUCACCCAGGAUUCUCUGACCAAGCAUAUCGUGAGCGAAGGAAAAUGAUUGCUGAAAUUGCUUUCCACUAUAAGCAUGGAGACCCAAUUCCUCGAGUUGAAUACACAGCAGAGGAGAUUACCACUUGGAGGGAAGUAUAUAGUACACUGAAGAGUCUUUAUCCUACUCAUGCCUGCAAAGAACACCUGGAUGCAUUCCUUUUACUGGAAAGGUAUAGCGGCUACAGUGAAAACAACAUCCCACAACUGGAGGAUGUCUCCCACUUCCUGAAAGAAAGAACUGGGUUCCAACUCCGACCAGUAGCUGGCCUUCUCUCAGCCCGGGACUUCUUAGCCAGUUUAGCCUUCAGGGUGUUUCAGUGCACGCAGUACAUCCGCCAUGCUUCUUCUCCCAUGCACUCUCCAGAGCCGGACUGCUGCCAUGAACUUCUGGGACAUGUACCAAUGUUGGCCGACAAGACAUUUGCACAGUUCUCUCAGGACAUUGGACUUGCAUCUUUGGGGGCAACUGAUGAGGAGAUUGAAAAACUUGCAACACUUUAUUGGUUCACGGUGGAGUUUGGGCUCUGCAAGCAAAAUGGAACCAUUAAAGCCUAUGGAGCUGGCCUCCUCUCUUCCUAUGGAGAGCUAAUACACUCUUUGUCAGAUGAACCUGAACUACGGGACUUUGACCCAGAUGCUACCGCUGUGCAGCCCUAUCAGGAUCAGACCUAUCAGCCUGUGUAUUUCAUAUCAGAGAGCUUUAAUGAUGCCAAGGCUAAACUCAGGGUUUAUGCAGCACAUAUCAAGCGACCUUUUUCUGUGAAAUAUGAUCCUUACACAUACAGUAUUGAGCUCUUGGACAACCCACAGAAGAUCUGUCACUCCCUGGCAAAUGUGCGUGACGAGCUCCACUCAUUAAUUGAUGCACUCAGUAUUAUCAGCUAACACAAGAUUUAGAUGACCCUGUUUCUCCAAGCCAGUGUCUUUUUCUGUAACUGCAAAAUUGGUUUCCUGCCAUGGCUACUCUUCACUGCACUGUUGGACCAACAACUUCACUAUGAUUUCCUUUAGGGCUUUGUGUUGCUGCCUCUUGCCACAACAAUAACUAUGGUUUGAAUUGUGCCCCACAUGCCAUGGUGUGGAGGCAUUUUAGUGACAAGCUUGGUUGAAGAAAGGGAAGGAAAUGAAGUUUAAGAGCUUAAUCCUGAGUCCCUUAAGUGUUUUUUACUAGUAGCAAGGGAAAAUACUAUAACAAAUAAUUGCACAAUACACUAUAAAUGCCCCUUUAAAGAAAAAGAAACGCCAUGUGUUCCCAAAACAUCAGGUAU